GCCGUUUGACUGCCAAGUUCUUCUGAGCUUGACUCCCUCACACGAUUUGACUACGAUGAUCAUCAUCAUAAUCAUCAUGUGGUAGAAUUAGAGAGAUGCACAACUUCUCAUCACUGCUAGAAGGAGGAAGAGGAGGAGGAGGAGGCACACUUCAAGGAGCAGAGUUACACCUCAAGACCACUGGAGGGAGAGUUUUGCAGAUGUGGUCCUCUUCGUUCCUCUUCAGUCAGCGUCCCCAAAAUGACCAAAAUGAUCUAAAUUUCCAAAAUCUCCAAAAUCACCAAAUUCACAUGCUUGCAGCUCGGAAGAUACGCACCAGCGUUCAAUUCAAGAGGUCUCUCAAGGCGAGAAUGAAAAGAUGUGCAGCCGGGCUCGAGGGUUCAAAUAAAGACGAUUCCAGAUUUGUACUGGAGCUCGCGAAUUACAAGGGCGUGAGAGUUUGCAGGUUAGGACACAGGAAUAAUUUGGGGAGGCAUUAAAGUGCACAUUCACUCACGCACUCAUCUCAGGGUGAGACAACACAGGCAGGCAGGCAGGCGAGGCGGGGCGGGGCGAGCAAGGAUCCACUCGCGCAUGGAGGAGGAGGAGCAUCAUCCAUCGGGUCGGGGCGGGUCGGAGCGAUCGAGAGAGCCGCAGACGAGCAAUUCGAGCGGGAAAAUGGAGCCCUUCCGGAGCCGGGCUCGCGAACUCGCAAGUCAUAAAUAGCGCAAGCAAGACGGAAUGGAAUGCCUUCCAAUGGCUUCUAGUGCAUUGCCAUGAGGACGUUGGAGCGGUUUUGCCGUGGCCCUACUGCUCAGCAGUUGAAACCGAAGCCCGCAUUCGUGGCGGUAUUGCAAAGAAGUGAACGCCCCCCGCAUUAAUCAACCCGCCCCCAAAUUAUGCAAACCAUGUCGUAGCCCCGCCCGCCAUGCCAUGCCAGCCUGCGCAGGAAAGCUCUCCCUUCCUCUCUCUCUCUCUCUCUCUCCCCACCUUUCGGAUGAAAUCUCGAUCGCAUGCUCGCUCUCGAACAAAAUCAUUGCCCCAUAGGAACGCAGGCUCGGAGCUUGGAGCUCAGCAGACUUGCAGGGAGGCAGGCAGGCAGGCAGGCAGGGCCAUGGAUCACGUCUCUCG